AUGCAGCAGUACGCUCUGCCGGCAGCGAAGGUCGUUUUGGUGGCGGCCUACGUGUGGUUGGUCUACAACUUCAUCCCUGUGGGUUUCGUGUUCGCUCUCUUCUCGCUCGCCUUCGCUGUGCUCUACACGGUGGUCUUGGAUCAGCUCAUCAAGCUACUGCCCGUCGCCAAGUUCAAGCCCAGCGUGCCCCUCCACGAAUGGCCCAAGAGCUGCGCCCUCGUCACGGGAGCAUCUGGUGGCCUGGGGUACGAGUACGCCAAGCUGCUGGCAGCCGACGGUCACGACUUGGUGCUCGUAGCGCGCAGUGCAGACAAGCUCGAUGAGAUCAAGAAGGAGCUCGAGGCCCAGUACGGGAUCAACGUCAAGGUCAUCGCCAAGGACCUGACGAAGCCGGGAGCGGCGCGUGAAGUCUUCGAUGAAGUGCAGAGGAGCAACCUCCUGACCGAGUUGCUGGUCAACAACGCCGGAUUCGGUGCCGUCGGCGACUUCACCCUGAUCUCGUUCGAGAAGAACAUGGAGAUGGUGCAGCUCAACAUCGUGGCCCUCACCGAGCUCACCCACCUCGUUGUCCGUCGACUGCUCCAAGAGGGAAAGCCUCGUGGACGCGUCAUGAACAUCUCCUCCGGCGCCGGCUUCGUCCCUGGUCCCGGUAUGGCGGUCUACUUCGCCACCAAGGCCUACGUGACCAGCUUCACUGAAGCUCUGGCGCAGGAGCUGAGCGGCACCGAGAUCACCGCCACCGUCAUCUGCCCCGGCGCCACCGCGACCAACUUUGCCGAGGUGGCCGGCAACAAGAACUCGUUGAUCUUCAAGAGCGGCAACGUGAUGACCGCUGAGGAGGUUGCCCGUACGUCCUACCGUGCGUGGAUGCUCGGCGAGCCGGUGUACAUUACGGGUGUGGCCAACUCGGCGCCGCUCUACGUCCUCCCUUUCAUUCCUCGGGCGCUCCUCUACAAGCUCAUCGCCUUCCUCAACUCUUCCCACUGA